UCUCUCCAUGCCCUCAUUGGCGUGUAUUCUGUCACACAACGAACCUCGUCUCGGAAAGUGAAUCCGAAGACGAAGGCAACGCGAAGAAUCUCAUUUCUGUGAUGUGUGGCGAGGAAUACACUCUCGUGGACAUCGAAGACGACUACCUUCUUCUUGAGGGCAAUCAAAAGCGCGGCUGGUGCAGUCUACGUUACUGCGAGAUCAUCUGGAUGGACAGUUUCAAAGAUAAAAAUUACUCCCAAUUGCGCCGAAUCGUUCCGUUCAGCCUCCCUUCGGUUCAGUGCAGCGACGAUUUGCGCAUCAAUCACAUCACGAUGCAGACGCUGCGGAUGAGCGAUCAGAACGGCCGGUCGCCUGUGGAUGGCGACACCGUGGUUCUGCGCGUUCAUUUGUAUUUGUGGUAUUCGAUCCGAGGCUAUAUGUAUCAGUUCUUUAACACCAAUGAACAUCCUUUAUAUCACGUCGUGGGCGAGCAAGACAACUCCGUGAUCACGGAAUUAAUCGACCAUAAACUUAAGCUAAUGAGACAGGGCGAAAAAACGAUGAUUAUUUUGCAUAGCUUGGCAGAGGCUCCGAAGGAAUUACUGUCAUUCCUCGAUGACUGCCGCGACUUCUAUAUGUGUUACGUUAUCGACAUGCGAGUGGUGCAGAAACGGAAAGAAGACACGCCGCAGAUCGCCAAAAGCGACGUUGUGCUUCCUCCCAAAAAGCCGGCCAAGCCGGAGGGUCUGCGAAUCACCUAUGACAGCGCGUCUUCUUCAAGGGAGUCCAGCGAGGUUCCCAUCUUCUAUCGCCAUUCUUCCCCCGUGAAAUCGCCUUCGCCUCGGCCGAUUUUGCCGGCGAGGCCUGCGUCGCGACCGAAUUCCGCGGGGGCGCGAGAGAAUGGAUCGCGGGGGAAGCCGCCAGAAUUGCCGCCGAAGCCGGUGCGGAGCGCGGAGAUGAAGCCGCUUCCUGCGAAGCCACCGAAACCUCAGCGACUGAGGAAAGCGUGAAACACGCCGCGGUGGCGGAUACUUGAUGUCCUUUAUAUUUUAUGU